AUGACACAGCUCUACACCAUCAUCCCCUACGCAUUCGGCAUCAUCACCCUCCCAAUCGCAAACAUCAUCGCCGACCGGCUUGACAAAGGGCUGAUUGGAUAUAUCAUGCUCUUGACCAGCACCAACUCCGUCGUCCUCAUGGCAGGAUGCUGCUUCGUCUCGGCCGGCGCGUUCCCCGCAGCCGUCCUGGGCAGUGCCUGGGUUAUGAUCUCGCAUGCGGGCUUCACGAAACAGGCCGCGGCCUGGGCUAUAUCCCAGAUCUUUAUCCAGUGCUAUAGCAUCAUCAGCACGCAGGUCUACACUGACCCGCCGCGCUUUUUCAAGGGCCAUGGGACUUUGCUUGGUUUGAAUGCUCUCGGCACCGUGGCUGUCUUGAUUACUAUGUGGUUGUUUAAGCGUGAGAAUCGGAGACGUGAUGCUGUUGCUACUGAGUUUGCAGCGCGAGGGGAGACUAACCCGGAGAGUGUAAAGGAUUAUGAAGUUGUGCGAUGCGCAUCCGGAUUUCAGGUAUACUCUUUAAAGCAAGGAAACUAA